AUGCCUGAUAGUUAUGAGUAUGCACGAUCGAGAUUACAGAGUUUACUGAAACGGUUUCAGGCGGACUGCGCCUACGCAUAUAAGUAUAGAAGGGAGAUAGACAAGCUGUUCCAGCACGGCUAUGCUCGAGAACUUAAUGAUUCUGAACUCUCAGCUAGUCACAUUUGGUACUUGUCACACUUUGGGGUUCAAAAUCCAAAUAAACCGGACAAGUUACGCGUAGUAUUUGAUGGUGCAGGUAAAGUACAGGGUAUGUGUCUCAAUGACUUUCUACUCACUGGCCCUGACCUAUAUAAUUCAUUAUUAGGUAUCAUGUUACGUUUUCGUGAACAUAAGUUUGUUAUAAUAGGAGACAUAAAGGAUAUGUUCCUUCAAAUUAAAAUUCGUCCUGAAGACCAGCACGUAUUACGUUUUCUGUGGCAGCCAGAUGGAAAAACGGAACCGAAGGUUUGUGUAAUGCAAAGCUUGGUAUUUGGUGCUACUAGUUCACCAUUUAUUGCCCAGUAUGUAAAAAAUAAAAAUGCAAUGAAAUAUCAGGAUCAGUAUCCUGAAGCUGUGGACGUCAUUGUAAAUAAUCACUACAUGGACGAUUGUUUACACUCUUGUGAUAGUGAAAGUAAGGCUAUUCAAUUAUUGCGCGAAAUAACAUAUAUACAGAGUAAGGCUGGGUUUGAAAUCACACGCUGGUCGAGCAAUAGUAAAUACGUUUUACAGAACGUGCCGCUAGAGGCGCUUGCGCCGACUGCAGUCGAGUUCAAACUCGGAGCUACGAACACAAGUGAGCGCACUUUGGGUUUGAUAUGGCAUCCGAGCGACGACACGUUCGGAUUUAAAAUAUCUUUAGAUCGCAUACCGCAAAACAUUUUAGACGGGACAGAACCACCCACUAAAGCUAAAAUGUUGAGUAUUAUUAUGUCGGUAUACGAUUUACAUGGCUUUCUUUCUCCUUUUAUUAUUAAAGGGAAAAUUAUUUUCCAGUAUGUACAUCGCAGUGGAGUUGAGUGGAAUUGCCGCAUCCAUACCGACGAACAUGCACGGUGGAUCCAUUGGUUAUGCGAUUUACGGCAGCUGCACUCGCUACGCAUUCCACGGUGCUACGCUAAUACAGGCGACUGGACCCGUUGUUAUGAAAGCGAGCAAUGUAUUAAUAUUAGUACGAAUGAGUUAGACAAUUGUUAUAUUAAAGAGACACAAUUGCAUGUUUUUUGUGAUGCUUCUAUAAAGGCGUACGCAGCUGUUAUGUACUGGCGAUUUAUUCGUUCAGACGGUUAUGUACUUAUUUGUUUUGUGUCUAGUAAAAGCAGGGUGACUCCCCUGCGACCUGUGUCUGUUCCUAGGCUGGAACUGCAGGGUGCGCUUCUCGGAGCGCGCCUCGCUACCACUAUAUGUAACGAUCAUAAACAUGUUCAGCCUACGAAAAGGUAUUUUUGGACUGAUUCCAGUACAGUAUUGCAGUGGUUACGGAGUGAUCCACGUGACUACAAGCCUUACGUUGCACAUCGUCUAGGUGAACUGGAUGAGUUGACCAAGUCCUGCGAGUGGCGCCAUGUACCGUCUGGCCUUAACGUGGCAGACGUAGCCACCAGAGAGGACGCCUCUCAACUUGCAUAUUCUGACGUUUGGUUUCAAGGUCCAUCGUACUUACGCCGCCCGGAGGACGAGUGGCCCGUAGACCGCAAAUUUAGUAAACAGUCAGAAGAUGCAAUGUGUGAGAUACGGUCGGUACAUGCAGUCAUCGAGACCAGCUCAGAUUUAUCUUUACCAAAUGAAGAUAAUAUCUCGAGAUGGAUCGUUCUCGUGCGUGCCACCGCAAGAGUAUUGUUAUUUAUUAGAAGAUGUCAACGUAAAGACAUACAACUUGAUACUCAUUUAAUGAAGAAGGCAGAACAGCUUCUCAUUAAAAAGUGUCAACAGGAUUCUUUCUCUUCCGAAUUAACCUUAUUAAAACAAGGUAAGUCGUUACCACCUACAAGUCGUCUGUUACAAUUAACGCCUUAUAUUGACGACUCGGGUAUUUUACGGUCUGAAGGUCGUAUCGACAGAGUAGUAGGUGUUGAACACACUACUCGAAGGCCCACCAUUUUAGACGGUAAGCACAGAAUAACACGCUUAUUAGUUGAGCACUAUCACCGACUAGCACUUCAUGGAGCCAAUGAACUUGUCGUGAACGAAUUGAGGCAGCAGUUUUGGAUUUUAAAACUUAGACCAACUGUGCGCUCAAUAGCUUCGCGUUGUUUAUUCUGUCGUUACAGACGCGCGGAUCCACAGCCACAACGUAUGGCUGACCUUCCAGCUGAAAGGAUGCAACAUAAUAGGCGUCCAUUCAGCUAUUCAGGCGUGGAUUUCUUCGGCCCUCUCGAGGUCACUGUCGGUCGUCAGCGACAUAAACGAUAUGGCAUGUUAUUUACUUGCCUCACUGUUAGAGCAAUUCAUAUUGAGCUGACAGUGGAUCUCUCGACUGACUCUGUUAUAAUGGCCCUUAGACGCAUGGCAGCUCGACGAGGCAUGCCAACUGUCAUAGUUUCUGACAACGGCACUAAUCUGAGAGGGGCUGACAACGAAUUGAAACGGAGCUUGGCAGAUCUCAACAGCGAUGCCUUGCGUGACGAUGGAACCAUACGCGGAAUCGAAUGGAAAUUCAUUCCUCCUGGAGCUCCCGAGAUGGGCGGCUCAUGGGAACGGAUGAUCCGUACAGUAAAAACUGCAUUAAGAGUAAUCUUAAAAGAGCGCGCCCCACAUCCCGACACUUUAGCUACUUUAUUAGCGGAAGUGGAGGGACUAGUAAAUAGUCGUCCAAUCACACACGUGUCAUCUGAUCUUAAUUAUCCGGAAGCGUUGACACCUAAUCAUUUUUUGAUAGGUACUUCCUCAACUAGUCCAUGUUUCGGCAAGUACAAUGACACUGAUCUGCAAUUAAGAAAACGUUGGCGAGUGGCACAACGGUUGGCGGAUAUGUUCUGGGCCCGUUGGCUAAAAGAAUAUUUACCAAGCUUGGUCCCUCGUCAAAAAUGGACACAAGAAUGUAGGUGUUUACAAGUAGGUGAUUACGUCAUUAUUAUAGAACCUAAUCUAGAUCGUAACUGCUGGCGACAUGGUAUAGUGAGUGCGACCCACGCAGGCGCGGACGGGCGAGUUCGUGUUGUUGAUGUGCGUACACGUACGGGUUUGAUUCGCCGGCCGGUUACACGCGUCGCUGUACUAUCCCCACGGGAGGAUAGUGCUAACCAAGUUAGCACUAAGGAGGCAGUGUAA